AUGGCUCGAAAUAAGCCCUGGGAAACACCUAUGCCAAUGGCAAGUCAACCUAUUUCCACUUCAUUUGGAUCUCUGAAUACAGGUUAUCCAACAGUGGAACCAAACUUAUCACAGUCAGCCUAUCAACAAAACAUGCAACGAACUGUGCCACAACCUCCUCCUCGCAUACAACCACAAAACGUUCAAGUACCCGGUGGAAUAUUCGGCGGUGGAUAUGGUUAUGCACCACAUAUGGGUGGCUAUGCCGCUAAUCCCUAUUAUGGUGGAGCGGGCUAUGGUGGAGCGGGCUAUGGUGGAGCGGGUUCUUAUUUUGGAUCUCCAAGAUCAUUACCGACAAGUAAUUUUGCUCAAUUAGCUGUUGAAGAAUCGCGUAAUGCUUUUCAAUCCAUGGACAGUGUUGUCCAGACAUUUCGUUCAAUUAGCCUAAUGUUAGAAUCAACAUUUACAAGUGUUUAUAGUUCAUUUCGUGCUGUUACCGAUGUAUUUGAUCAUUUUACUCGUUUACGUUCACAACUGACAACAAUCUAUCCAUUAAUUAUUCUAUGGCGUUUUAUCAAAUUUCUCUUAAAUCGAAUAUUAAGACUACUUAGAUUAAGAUCGACAUCAGCAACAUCUCCGGAUAUGAAUGAAUCUUGGUCAAAAAUAUAUGAUACAUUAAAAAAUGCAAAUCAAACUGCAGACCCAACAAACACGACAAAAUCAUCCUCUGGUUUACUAGUAGCUCUGUUUUUUUUUGUUACAUUUGGUACUCCAAUGCUAAUGUUACAUUUCUUAAAUUCAAUUAUUAAAAGACGACAAGGCAAUAUCAACUGGAUGCAAAACGAGAAAAGUCUUGUGCGUGCUGUUGCAUUAUAUGAUUAUACUGCUCGAAAUGCUGACGAAUUAUCAUUUAAGCAAGGAACAUAUCUGUCGUUAGCGCCAUAUGCGUUUCAAUCGACUACAUCAAAUUGGUUGCUCGCCACAGUGGAUCGCGUUUCAUGUGGUCUUAUACCUGCAAAUUAUAUUCAAGUAUUUAAACCAAAUAUGUUGCUUUCUCGUCCAUCUUCGACAGGAAAUCUAAACAAUCUAACGUUACAUCCUCAACAACCAAUGAUGUCUCAUGAGAAAACGUUUCAUGUAGUUAUUACGGGUGCAUCGGGCGUUCUAGGUCGUUCAAUGCUUAAAACGUUUCAAGAUACUAAUUGGAAAGUGACAGGUUUAGCUUAUAGUCGUGCUAAAAAUAAUUUGAUUAAAUGUGAUCUGACAAAUUUUGAUGAAAUAAACGCAUUGAUCAAAGAUUUGAAACCCCAUGCACUAAUACAUUGUGCAGCUGAACGAAAACCAGAUGAAUUUGAGAAAAAUGCAAAUAAAUCAAAUCUGUUAAAUAUUGAUGUGACAAAAAAUUUAGCAGAAUUAUGUGCCACUCUAAAAAUAUUUUUUAUUUUGAUUAGUACUGACUAUGUAUUUGACGGCAAACAUCCUCCCUAUCAAGAAGACUCUCAGCCAAAUCCCAUAAAUGCGUACGGAUCGAGUAAAUAUCAAGCGGAAAUGGUUGUUAUUGGAACUUCAACUGAACAUGUAAUUCUUCGCGUCCCGCUAUUAUACGGAGAAGUAGAAAGUCUAGAUGAAAACGCCGUAACCAUAUUGUUUAAGUUUAUCAAAGAUCAUCAAACAAAAGUAAAAAUGGACGAUUGUCAAAAACGUUUUCCCACAUAUAUAGGAGACGUGGCUAGUGUUUGUUUACAGUUAUGUACGAAACGUUUGAAAGAUAAUAAAUCAAAUAUUCAUGGUAUAUUUCAUUUUUCUGGCUCACAAGAAAUGACAAAAUAUAAAAUGACGCAAUUAAUUGCGAAUAUAUUCCAUUUUAACAUUGAUCAUAUCGAACGUGAUACAAAUAGCUCGUCGAAUGUUCAACGACCAGAUAAUGCUCAAUUAAGUACAAAUAAACUACCUCACAUUGGAAUACAAAUUGAAAAUGUCAACUUUGAACAAACAAUUAAAACGUGCAUAGAACCGUUUGUUUAG